AUGAAGGUGGUACUUCUGACGGCUGCUCUUCCUGCUUUGGUCUCUUUGCCCUGGGUCCAGGCAGUGUGGCUGGGAAGGCUGGAUCCGAAGCAGCUCAUUGGUCCCUGGUACAUCCUCGCUGUGGCCUCCCGUGCAAAGGACUUCAUGGAGAAGGACAUGAAGAAUGUGGAAGGUGUUAUGGUGGCUCUUACUCCAGACAACAAGUUGAGAAUUCAGUCCUCUAGGCAUGGACCAGAUGGAUGUCGUCAGAGCACUGUGGAGCUGCUGAAGCAAGAUUCCCGAUGGGCGUUUGAGAACCCCUCUCUUGGUGUGCUGGAUUAUCGGGUACUGGGCACGAACUUCAAGGACUAUGCUGUCAUCUUCACACAGCUGGAAUUUGGGGACGAGGCCUUCAACACCGUGGAGUUGUACAGUCGGACAGAGAUGGCCAGCCGCGAGGCCAUGCAGCUGUUCACCAAAUGGAGCCAGGGUCUGGGCUUCCUGUCCCACCAGCAGGCCCAGCUGCAGAAGGACUUCACGUGUGCACACAAGAUCCUCCAGGUAGGCCACCUUUUCGUGCAUCACUCUUGGCUCCCUGAGGAGCCUGGGACUCCGGGUGGACCCUCUUCAAAGCCUGCGUAG